CCAUUGCUCGGAUAUUUAGCUUUCCCCUUUCAUUGUCAUCAAAUAAAGGUUUAAUUCAUCUCUUAUGCCUAAUACAUAGUCCUGAAUUUAGACUAUUUGGAAUAAGAUGUAAAUUUUUAUUCCGUGUUUUCUUUUUUGUUUUGUUUCGAUAGGAUUGUCACUGCGGGUGUUAUUGAAGUGAAAGCUAAGGCUCUGGUCAUCAUAAGCACAUGUCUCUUCCAUCUUCGCACAUCGUAGUCUCAUCGGCAGGGCCAAUAUUUUCGGCUGUGUCGACAUUUCCACAGGCAACUGUGGUAUCGUCCAAUCCUACUAUGGUGCAGCUACCUGUCACCGCUUUAUCGACGAGUGGAGGCACCCUUGUAGCGGCACCGGUCGUUGCUCGUCGUUCGAUUCAAACCGCUGUUGGAGGUGGCGCUUCCCCAGCAACUUUAAUUAGCACUGCCGCAGUAACCACAUCAGCAAUUCCUACGUCUGUUACCGCUAGGAUCACAAAUAGCCCGCAAGUUGUCACACUUCCUUUGAGCACGCUGCAAGCUCCGUUACGACCUCUAGCAGCUGCGCCGUCAACGCCGAUCAAUACAAGCUCUUCCGUCCGACCAACUUCCGACCGGUCUGUACCAGCGUCUACUCCAAUAUCGGCAGGGACACCUACUAUAUCAACUGCCGUUGCUGCACCCCCGGCCGGAAAUGCAGUUACCGGUGCCGGAGGAGGAGCACCAAAAUCCGAAUCUAGCAGUGCCGGGCCGACUAGCGCAGCGACAGGCAAUGCAGGCGGUGGCAACACUUCAAACAACAGUAUCAGCAACAAUUCAGGUAGCGGGGGCAGUUCAAGCGGUGGAUCCGGUAGCGCUAGUGGUGGAAGUGGAAGUAAUAGCAGCAGUAGCGGCGCUGGCCCAGGAGGUGCGAAUAGUAGCUCGAAACAACAGCAACAGGAGAGGGCGCGUCAGGAACGCGCAGAAAGAGAUAAGGAAAAGGAGAAAGAUCAGCAUGAUCAGGAGAAUAAAAACGACGAUAAGCAAAUUCUCAAUAGAGAAAAGCUAACCGAGCUCGUUAAAGAAGUUGACCCCAUGCAACAAUUAGAUGAAGAGGUCGAAGGGGUUUUACUUCAACUGGCGGAUGAUUUUAUCGAGAGCGUUGUUAGUUCGUCAUGCCUUAUGGCAAAACACCGCAAAAGUCAGCUUCUCGAAGCUAAGGAUGUCUCCGUGGUUCUGGAGCGUCAACAUAAUCUAUAUAUUCCAGGCUUUGGCGGUGAAGAUCUGCACACGUACAAGAAAACAUCAACUUCUGAGGCUCACAAACAGCGUUUGGCACUCAUUCGAAAAACACUCAAGAAAUUCUAAAAACUGUAUAUUAAUAUUAGCACGAUUUCAACCGCGUGACAUAAUAAGCGCCAGCGUAUAUUUAUUAUUAAAUUUACUACCAAAUCGAAUCGAAAGGCGAAGUUUGCUGUUACAGAUAGGAACGCAAAGGUCAGUUAGAGAUAUAACUUAGUAAUCCUAACGAUAAUGAGUAUAAAAG